AUGAUCACCAUCACCAUUGUCCGCCACGGCGAAUCAACUGACAACGUCCGCGCCGUGUGGGCCGGCUGGCAGGACGCUCCGCUGUCAAAUCAUGCCAAGGCGCUGGGAGCGUCGCUGGCUACGACUGAGAUCAGCGCAAUCUACGCCUCUCCUCUGAAGCGCGCUCUCUGGACUGCCCAGCAGAUUGAGGAGCAGAACGAGACCAUCCCGAAGCCGACGCUCACCGAGUCCCCCUUGUUGAGGGAGCAGCACUUUGGCGUUGCCGAGGGCAAGCCUUUCGGAACAGAAAACGGCCGCUACACUCGCAUGCCUGGGCGUGACUUCAAGUUCCCCGAGGGCGAGACCCUCAACGACGUCCGCAAGCGUGCCAACGAGGCAAUCGCCGCGUUUGUCGAGCCUGCUCUGAAGGAGAGCCAGGGACAGCUCCCGAGCUCGAAGCACCUCGUGUUUGUCGCCCACGGCAUCUUCAACCACGAGUUCAUCAGUGCCAUCAUGGCGCGUCGCCCCGAGGGCAUCAACGCCUGGGAGUACCGAGGAAUGACCAACACUGGUUGGACGCGCCUUGAAGUCGGCUACGAGGGAGAAGUCUCGGGACAAGCAACCUCGCCUGCGAUCCAGCCCGAGUACUUCAACGGCCUGCCGCCGUUCAACGCCAAGAUCCUCGUGACCGAUGUUACCUCGCACCUGGAUAACGUCCACCGUCAAAAGGGCGGCAUUGGCUCUGCCGCGCACGACCAGAAGCAGAGCGAUAUCCGUAAAUUCUUCAGCGGUGCUGGCGAUGAGUGA